AUGAAAGAGUCAAUCGGACUCGAGGGGAAUGACUAUACACUUGCAACUACCGUAUUUUAUGUCGGGUAUACAGUUGGCCAAAUUCCGCACAGCUUCGCAAUACAAUAUUUGCCCGCUCGAAUAUGGUUUCCGCUCAUGGGAGCGACCUGGGGAAUGCUCAGCUGCGUAUUAUCAACUAUCAAAACCCCCGGUCAACUCUAUGCAAUCCGCUUUAUUCAAGCGCUGGCGGAGAGCAGUACCUUCUCUGGUGCACAUUGGCUCCUUGGGUCAUGGUACAAGGACUCGGAACUUGGAAAACGCUCGGCUCUCUUUGCAUGUUUUGCACAAAUUGGAUCCCUCUUUUCUGGUUUUAUGCAAGGCGCAAUAUAUACGAGUCUACAUAAAAAGCUAGGAAAGGAAGGAUGGCAAUGGACUUUUAUUAUUGACGGCCUAAUCGCUCUACUCAUCGCACUCUAUGGCCUCAUCAUAUUCCCCAACACCCCCCAAACGACGUCAGCAUUCUACCUCUCGCCGGAAGAGAAACAGCUUGCUCGUACCAGGCUCACUCCUAGACCCCGAGCGAAAUUCACAAAACGAGAAGUAAAAAAGAUAUUUGCCGGAUGGAGAUAUUGGAUGUUUUCGGCCUUGUUUGUGGUUACCAGCCAGCUCGAAGCGUACGGAACAAAUGGGAUAGUUUCCAUCUGGCUCACGACGGAUCAUAUCGCCGGACCACCUAAAAAUUCGUACUACGCGCUAGGAUUGAUCGCGGUUGCUAUUGCCACGACGAUUCUUGCUGGUUUAGCCACUGAUCGGUGGGGGCAUAGGUGGAGAGUUAACCUGUUCAUGGGUGUAAUAUUGUUGAUAUCGGCGAUUAUGCUUUUGGUGUGGGAUAUCCCGUUGGGUGCAAAAUAUUUUGCGUUUUAUUUAGGAGGUUGCGGGUAUGCUGGACAGGGUACAAACUUUGCGUGGUACGUUCCUCUUAUUCACGAUCAUGCAUGUGCCGACUUCGUUGCUGCAGGGCAAAUGAAACUUCGCGGUCUGAUCUCGAACGGUCUUUUAUACUAUAUUCGAUGA